AACACCGUAUUUGUCAGAUUAUCAAACUUAGCAUAAUGAUUUUGAGGAGAUGUAUAAUUCGAUCUCCCUCAUAUGGCAUGUUGGGGGCCGGAUUGCAUAGAAAUGCCCGGGUCGGUUUUGACACCCAGUCCGCCCCUGUUCGUGUCGUAGUAGCAAAAGAUCUAGCUUAUUGAUUUUAUUGAAUCACACGUUUCGUAAGUUUCAAAUAAUCGAUCGCACUGGUCCAACUUUUUUCACUACUCGAGGAGGUGUGUAGCGUCUUGUCUAGCUAUUUACUACGUUGACUUUCGGUGUUUUAAAACUAAUGAUCUAGAUAGUUUUAUUAUUUCUUUUAAAUGGAGUUUAACAGGCAAUCAGAUAUCAACAUGUAACAAGAAAGACAUAAUUAUAAAUAAGAUCCAAUAUAAAAGUAAAAUGACGAACACUCAAAGUCUGAAAGGUCUUCUUGAAACAUAUUUUCUUUGCUUCUAUGUUCUUAUCUUUAAGCCUGCAUCUUCAUUAGAGGUCAGUACUGCUCGUUGUUCUUCUGGUCAACUUCUAAACCCCAAUGGGAUUUGUCAACCUUGUCCAGCUAACACUUAUAUGAGAGAGCACAAUCAUACGUCAGACUUGUGUAUGGAAUGUCCAUCUAAAAAUGGCCUCAAGGUGACAAUACAUUGCAACGCUACCAACUUAGAAAUCCGAUGUGAUCCUGGUUAUUUCAACUUAAAUGGGGAUCAACCUAACUGUCAAGCUUGUAAAACAUGUUUUGCAUGGCAAUAUCUGGUGGUUGAUUGCGGACUAAACCACGACGCCAUGUGUUGUAACAGAAGCAUGUCGUACAAUGAAACAUCGAGACAGUGUGAGAACCACUCUGCUUCAUCUACCAUUGGCACUGAGUCUACAACAUCAUCUUUAACUUCUAGUUCUUCUGUAGGUUUCAAAAGUGAAAGUCUAAAUGAAUCGUCACAAUCAAUUAAGAAAAUUAGUUCAGGUCUUGGAACAGAAUCAAUACUAUGUCUUGUUGUAAUUUUACUUAUGUUUACUAUUGGCAUGUCUUUUAUCGUUGUUUUGUUUCGUUCUGCUCGUAGUCAGAAUCGACGAUUACCGUCGAAUAAUAUUCCGCUAGAAAAUAUUCCACCCAGAAGAGAUACAUAUAGGAAAGUCAGCUCUUCCAGUCAACAUGUUUGACAUUUAUGACAUGCUGGUAAAAUAAAUUAGCUUAAAAACGGUUCUCAUUUAUGGGAUUAACAAAAAGGCUUAGCUAAAAUUCACAUUUUUUUCCCAAUAUAUAAAUAGCUUCUUAGAAUUGUAAUAUUAUAUACCUUGGAUUUUUAAGUUAUUAUAUACAGUGCUUUUUGUGACGGUACCCACCGGUACGGCGUACCGACACCUUUUUCAAUGUAAGGAAAAAAAUAUUAUUUUUCUUGUAUUUUAACGUUUAUUUUAAAUUUAUUAGUUAAAAGCUAGUCAAUCCAUCAAUGAGUACCGGCACCUAUUUUUUUUUAAAAGCAUUAAUUAUAUAUAUAUAUAUAUAUAUAUCAUGGGCGAAGCCAGGGGGAGCUGGGGUUCAACCUCCCCCCCCCCCCUGAUGUGGGAAGGUGGUCGGAAUUUAGUGACUGAUUUUUUGCAUGGGUUUGUUUUUUUUAGUGAGAUUUUAAUACUAAACCAUCACCCCAGCACAGCCAAGGGGUUUUGAUUUUAAAAAAACCUUACCAGGGGGCUUUGAGGCUAAAUCCCCCUCUUCUAUAAAACAUUUUUUUAAAAUGCAAACGACAAUCCUUAAACUCCAAGAACACAGCUAAGGAAGAUUUUGAUCUUAAAACCGCCUAAAAAAUCUACGAUAAACCAACUCUUCAAUAUCAAAAAAGCAAAUUAUAAACUCAAAGUUCUAUGAGCGUAGCCAAAGGGGUUUUGAGUUUAAACUCCCUUCAGCGGGGUUUGAAGCUAAAAAAUACCUCUUCAAUAAAAAAAAAAAGCAAAUUACACACUCAAAAUUCUAUGAGCAUAGCCAAAUGAGUUUGAGUUUAAACCCCCCUUCAGCGGGGUUUGAAGCUAAAAAAAUAUCUCUUCAAUAUAAAAAAGCAAAUUAUGCGCUCAAUAUUUUUUUUAGUUUAACCCCCCCCCCCACCAGGGGGGUUGGAAGCGAAAAAUACCUCUUCAAUAUAAAAAGAAAGCAAGAAAGCUAAUUACGCAUUCAAAAUGCUACGAGCGUUUAAACCCCUUUUCUGAGGGUUUGAUGCUAAAAAAAUCUCUUCAAAAUAAAAGAAAAAGCAAAUUACGCAAUAAAAUUCUUUGAGCGUAGCCAAGCUAGGUGGCUUUUUUUUAAAGUUUAAAACCCUUCUAUAUUAAACAUAAAUGAACAGCAGCACCAGGGACCAUGUUUUUUUUUAAUGAGAGAAAGUAGUGAAAUAAAUGCGAUGAAAAUAUGGGACUGCGCCUACCAAGGCUCGAACCAGUGACCCUGGAACGACAACACCGCCUAACGAUAAUGCACUAAGCGAACGUAACCUCUAGACCAUCUGAAUAUCCAAAACAACAUUCUUCUGGUCCAGAGUCAUUUCGCUCAUAUGCAAAUUACCACACCAGUGGUCAAUGGUCACAUACCCUAGCUAGCUACUCCCCCACCUCGCCACAUCCGUUCACCAACAACUUCAAUAUCAUCAUUUGUCUAAGCACUUCUAUAUUUAAAACCACUCCAGAUGGUUUUGAGUUUAAAACUCCCUACAAAGAGUUUUGAGGUUGAAAACCUCUCUCUUCAAUAUUAUUUUAAAGCAAACUACAGUCACCUAAUUCUAUGACCGUAGCUAAAUGGGGUUAUGAAUUUAAAGAGAUUUUUUAGUUUAAAACCCCUAACAGAUGAUUUUGACGAUAAAACGUCCCUUUUCGAUUUAAAAUCUAAAGCAAACUACAGUCACGUAAUUCCAAGAGGGUAGUCAAGAGAGUUUACACAUUUUCACCAGUGACUGGGCUCCAUUAAUAAAGUGCAGUGAACAGUCAUCUGCCGCAACUGAAAAACACGAAAUGUGACUCAACAAAGAUGGCGAAGACAGAUUUUAGGAGUCAGCUAUAGAGAUCAGAGAUUUUAUUUUUUAGAUGUUACUUUGUAUAGGCUCGUUUCGCAAUAAUGAUUUCUACACAUUCCAAAUGGGGUUUAUCAGUUUAUAUUAUUAUUCCUAUUUUUUUUUUUACAUUGAUUAUUUAGACGUGUCGUUAAAGUAUUUAAGUUAGCAUAAAAUUAAUUAAACAAUAUCAUAUAAUUAAACACAUAGUAUUCUAUUUUUUUUUAUUAUUUUGCUUUCACUCUUUUAAUAGUAUAUUGUUAAGGAUUCAAGGUUUACAUUAAUAGCGAGCACAUUAGCUCAAAGUAUUCAAUGUCUGGCCAAUAAAGCCAUGUAUCUCUUCGGACACCCUAAGGUCCAUUAACCAAUGUAUAUGAUUACUGAUAAGCAAAAU